AAAAUAAUUGAUUAUUGGAUCAUUUGAGUUCGAUUGCCUUGGUCUUGUCGAUGACGACUCUUGUGUCGAUUGCUUCUGUCUGCGCGUGGAUCCAACAUGGCGGCUACUCCGACGACGAACCCUUCUCAGCUUCUCCCACUCGAGCUUGUGGACAAAUGUAUCGGCUCGCGGAUUCACAUCGUCAUGAAGACGGACAAGGAAAUCGUCGGCACCCUGCUGGGUUUCGACGACUUCGUCAACAUGGUCUUGGAGGAUGUGACGGAGUUUGAGAUCACACCGGAGGGACGGAGGAUAACAAAACUGGACCAGAUCCUCCUAAACGGAAACAACAUCACUAUGCUCAUACCGGGAGGAGAAGGUCCUGAAGUUUGAAUCACCGGGACACUUAUUUGUUGUUUUUUGUUUCGCCGUGUCUACAACAUGUUUCUUAGUUUGAUUAUGUUGUUAUCAAUGUUUCCUCCCGACUUUUGAGGAGGAAAAAUAUUUUUGUAGUAAAAUUCCUGAUUGAUUUUGUUUAUAUAUGAAAAGAAAAGAGAAGUGAGACGUAAAUAAUGAGGCCGGUUUUGUUACGAAUAAAACAGAAUCUCACACCUUU